AAAUCCCUAAUACACGGGAAGAAAGUUCAUAAACUCAUUGUAGAACAAAGUACAGAACCAGUUGCCUUCUUUGCCUCCAGGAGAGCCAACUUGAAUUCAUUAAAGAUGGUGUGGAAGAGCAGCGGUCCACUGAAAACAUGCAGACUUCUCUUAGUGGCUUUAUUUUUGUCACAGGGGACAGCAAGUUCUGUUUUAACGGUGAAUGGUAAAACUGAGGACCAUUUCCUGGACACUUUACCUGGGACUCAAGCAUCUCUGGAAUGUGCUGUUCAAAACCACACCAGAGAUGAAGAACUUCUCUGGUACAGAGAAAAGGGGAGAGUGGAUUUGAAACCUGGAAACAAAAUCAACAUCAGCUCUGUCUGUGUCUCUUCCAUCUCUGAAGAGGACAAUGGAGUCAACUUUACCUGCAGGCUGCAGAGCGACCAGACUGUGUCCAUCUCAGUGGUGCUGAAUGUCACUUUUCCUCCUAUUCUAAGUGGAAACAGCACCCAAACAGUCGAGGAAAACAAUGAUGUGAGGUUGGUUUGCAACGUGAACUCCAAUCCCCAAGCUCAAAUGAUGUGGUAUAAGAACAAUAACGUCCUGGUUUUAGAGAAAGACCGUCACCAAAUCCAUCAGACAAGUGAAUCUUUUCAGUUGUCAAUUACCAAAGUCAAGAAGUCUGACAAUGGGACAUACAGCUGCACUGCAAGCUCAUCGCUGAAAGUGGAGAGCCUUGAUUUCCACCUGGUUGUUAAAGAGAGAGGUUUGAGGGUACCGAUAGAACCCAUCAUUGCUGCAUGUGUUGUGGUCUUCCUGACACUGUGUUUUGGACUGCUUACUAGGAGGAAAAGAAUAAUGAAGCUCUGCAUCAAGGAGAAAGACCUUCGAAAUAGUGAAACAGCUUUAUGAGAAAACUGAGCUGCCGCCUAGCACACGAAGAGUUUUGCAUUGGGACCGCCUCAAUUUAUGUUCCAUCUGUAUUUAUUGCUAUUAUUAAAUCCCCUCCUGUCACAUUGUCAGAGGUUAUGAAGAAGUGUUUCGUUAAUCACUGAACAGUAGUUGUUAUGACUAAUUUAAUAUACUUAUGGAACAACUUUAUGGUGAGGGCUGUUCAGAAUGAAAAGUAAGAUUUUUGUUAAGCCUUUCUUGAAGUCUAUGUUAAUUAAUUGAGAUUUAUUCCAAAUAGGUUGGUAGCCACUUGCUAUUUGACUUUCUUUUUUUCUAGGUAGAUUAGCAAACAUAUGGGUUUUACAAAUCAGCAUAGUAGCAGAAAAUGGAAAUAAAAGCAGGGAACACUAUAGUGUGAUCAGUUUUCUAAGCUGCCAGGGAAGACGUAAAGAUGUAAAUUAUCAUCUAUUUUCAGUGUCUCAUAAAUGCCUUAGGACUAAAGAAAGAGGGAUAUAA